CGCUCGGCUUCGGCCAGUUUCGUCGGGAGACUUCGGCUCCGCUCGGACAGACAGCGCCGGACUGUAUGGUGCAGAACAUUUCUUCUUCUCAGCUGUUUUUCUGGGGACCGGCUGUAUGAUUAAGCUACAUCUUCAAUGGAGUAAGCAUAUCCCACAGUUUCUGUGGUGUUCUGGGUCACACAUUUAUGGAGUUUCUGAAGGGCAGUGGAGUACUAUGCCAGGCUCAGCACGCCGCCGCCGCCGAUGCCGACGAGUGAAGGGCCCGCCCCGCCGUCGACCCCGCGUACUCGAGCCUCAGGAGGGACCCCGGCACGUCGGCAGGACCGGGCCUGAGCGGGCCUGAUGGGGUAACUCCGCCCGCUGCGCCCCCGCCCCGUCGGCCGCUGCCCGGCCCAGUCCAGGCGGAACCCCGCCUUGGUUUUUCUUCCCUCCCUGUUCUCGGCGGGGAUCCUGAAGGCCCGGCCUCUCGGCGCCCUUCCUGACUGUCCGCCCCGUUUCUCCGCUACCAGCUCCCCAGAUCCCUGUUUGGUUUUUCAUUUCCUGGUAUUUGCUGGAGGCUUUUUGUUUGUGGACAUUUCGAGUUCGCUCGGAUUCCCGUUAGCUUUCUGUAGUUCUCUAUAUUUUGUGGCGUCGUCACGAUGGCUCGUAUGAACAGACCGGCGCCGGUGGAGAUCACCUACAAGAACAUGCGCUUCCUCAUCACCCACAAUCCCACCAACGCCACGCUCAACAAGUUCAUCGAGGAGCUGAAGAAGUAUGGCGUCACCACCGUGGGUCCGAGUGUGGUGAGGCCACCUACGACGCCACCACUGGUGGUCAAAGAGGGAAUCCAGGUCCUGGAUUGGCCCUUUGACGACGGGGCCCCUCCCUCCAACCAGAUCGUGGACGAUUGGCUGAAUCUGCUGAAGCUGAAGUUCAGGGAGGAGCCGGGCUGCUGCAUCGCUGUGCACUGUGUGGCGGGCCUGGGGAGAGCUCCGGUUCUGGUGGCGCUGGCCCUGAUCGAGUGUGGGAUGAAAUACGAAGACGCUGUCCAGUUCAUCCGACAGAAGCGUCGAGGAGCCUUCAACAGCAAGCAGCUCUUCUACCUGGAGAAGUAUCGUCCAAAGAUGCGCCUGCGCUUCAAAGAUUCCAACGGCCAUCGCAAUAACUGCUGCAUCCAGUAGAACGAACACACACACACACACACACACACACACACACACACACACACACACACACACACACACACACACACACACACAGAGGUUUGUACUUCUAUAGUUGUGAGGACACUGAUUGACAUAAUGCAUUUCCUAGCCCCUCACCCUGACCCUGACCUGGACCCUAAACCUGACUGUGACCCUAAACCAGAAAUCCAGUCUGAACCUCAAAAAGGCCAAAGGGGUCUGUGGAAUAGUGAGGACCGGCAAAAAUGUCCUGACUUCCCAAAAUUGUCCUCACUUGUAAGGUUAUAAACCCAUGAUGGUCCUCACAAUGAUAGCUGUACAAGUACACACACACACACACGCACACACACUGUCUUCAGGCUUCGUCCCCCCCCUCGUGGUGUCGCCUCUCCUGGACCCUCCAGCCUCAGUGAUUCACUUUCCCCUGAAAUCAGUGUCAAAAUAAAAAGCAGAAGAAUAAAUAAUGUGAGUUUCCUCUCCAUGUGCCCCCCUCCCCUCCCCCUACCCCCCCGGCCGCCGUGCGGCGCCGUACCUUGUUGGAUUAGCCGUUCAGAAGCAUCCAAAGAGUCCGGUGGCCGGCAGGAUGGAUAGAAAGAGGUUUGCCUUCCGACCAAUCAGAGCGCUCGUCCAGAAAUGCCUUACUUACAACCCCAGUGGAACGAGGCAGAGGAGGCGGGACUCCACCCCCGCGGCGUUUGGAAAGCUCUUUCAUUUUUCUACUCUGAAC